GGCGCACAACAACAUUGAGAGAGAGAGAUUAGGUUGGAAUCGCAGUUAUUUGUUCGUAAUUAAUCCGAGAGUGUGGAAACUGUUCUAAGAAUUAGAUAUAUUAUUUUAUGGGAUAGUUGUUUGCAAACUUAUUGCUCAGUUUCGCGUAUUAUUAUGUUUAAAGUGGGGUUUGGUUUGGCAGAUCAAGAAUAAGAUCAACGCUGAACGUGACCACGUUAAUCGAGAUAUUUCUAGGGCUAGACAGAGGUUGGCUCUUUGUAGGACAUACUUUCACAGCAUUUACCUGCCUGAAUGUUUGAUACAGCCAUGAUGAACCCGGCGCUGCCCAGUCCGUCGCCGACGUCGACAGACGCCUGUCUGAGCAUCGUGCACAGUCUCAUGUGCCACCGCCAGGGCGGGGAGUCAGAGGAGUUCGCCAGAAAGGCCAUCGAGAGCCUCGUCAAGAAGCUUAAGGAGAAGAGAGAUGAGUUGGACUCUCUGAUUACUGCCAUCACGACCAACGGCGCUCACCCGAGCAAAUGCGUCACCAUCCCGCGUACAUUGGAUGGUCGACUGCAGGUGGCGGGCAGGAAAGGCUUCCCCCAUGUGGUCUACGCCAAAAUCUGGCGCUGGCCCGACCUGCACAAGAACGAGCUGAAGAACGCCAAGUUCUGUCCGCUGGCGUUCGAGCUGAAGGCGGACGUGGUGUGCGUCAACCCGUACCACUACGAGCGCGUCGUGUCCGCCGGCAUCGACCUAUCCAGUCUGUCGCUGCACCCGGGCGGCCAGUCCUCGGUGAAGAACGAGUACUCGGCCGGCCUGGACCAUGCUGACGGCGGUGGUGAUGGCGGCGCCGGCCCCACCCCCGGCGGCUCGGGGGUGUCGCCGGCCGCAGCGGUGGCGGCGCAGCACCGGCCGCCCAUGCACGGGAUGACGCCCUACGGCAUGCCGGCUCACGGUGGCGCCCUCUCCCCCGGCGGCAGCUCCUCGCAGCAGGGUGGCUCGGCCGGCACCGGCUCCGCCACUUUCUCAGACCAUCCGGGUCAUUUCAUGAAUGCUGCGCCGUUCUUAGCGCCCGGCGGCGGGCCGGCCGGUAUGGCCCCCCACCUGCCGGCCAAUGGGUUCGCCAUGGGCGGGGGCGGCGGGCCGGCUCGGUUCCCGGGCCCGGGCGGCCAGCCGGCGCCGGCGGCGGUGCCCUGGAGCGGCGCCGACAGAGGAUCGUCGGGCUCGACACUCACCUACACACAGAACAUGGCACCCGACAGGACCACGCCGUACACCUUCGCCGGCGCCAACUCUCACGUACAGCAGCAGGACACGCAGGUGCUUCUGUCCAGCGUGCCGCCACCAGAGUUCUGGUGUAACAUCUCGUACUUCGAGCUGGACACGCAGGUUGGUGAGGCCUUCAAGGUGCCCUCCUCGAUGUCGUCAGUCACCGUGGACGGAUACGUGGAUCCGUCUGGAGAGAGCCGCUUCUGUCUGGGCGCCCUCAGCAACGUGCACCGUACAGAGCAGAGCGAAAGGGCCAGGCUGCACAUCGGCAAGGGCGUGCAGCUGGACGUGCAGGGCGAGGGCGACGUGUGGCUGCGCUGUCUGAGCGACCACGCCGUGUUCGUGCAGAGCUACUACCUGGACCGGGAGGCGGGCCGCGCGCCCGGCGACGCCGUCCACAAAAUCUACCCGGCCGCCUACAUCAAGGUGUUUGACCUGCACCAGUGCCACCGGCAGAUGCAGCAACAGGCGUCCCAGGCGACGGCGGCGGCGGCGGCGCAGGCGGCGGCCGUGGCCGGACACAUCCCCGGCGCGGCCAGCGUCGGCGGCAUCGCCCCGGCCGUCAACAUGGCGCCCGUCGCUGGUAUCGGCGUCGACGACCUGCGCCGGCUCUGCAUCCUCCGCCUGAGCUUCGUCAAGGGCUGGGGGCCCGACUACCGGCGCCAGAGCAUCAAGGAGACGCCCUGCUGGGUGGAGGUGAACCUGCACCGGGCGCUGCAGCUGCUGGAUGGCGUACUGCAGACCAGUCGCGUCGGACAGGCGCGGUCGUGAGAGGGGUGUCAGGAGAGCGCUGCUUGGCGGUACGGCGGGAUGCGACCGCGGCGCUGGUGAGCGACGAUGGUGUCGAGUGGUGCCAGGAGCUCUCUGGACGCCGGUCGGACGGUCCACAGUGGUGCUGUGUGGUGAGCCCCGGUGCUCACUCUGGUGAUCUGCCCGAGUCUGGUGUGCCGCAAGGACGCACACUAGGGCCGACGCUGUUGGUGCUACGUGCUGUGUGGAGGCGUGACAUGGCCUUCGGGGACCAUGGUCGUUUGCGUGCCUUGGAUGGAGAUCUUGCUGCUCAGGCGGGAAAGGAGAGACUUGACAACUCAAACACACCAGGAGUCUGGAGUCUCAGAUUCCCGCCCCGCCCGAGACCAAACUGCAGAACAAUGAAUGGAAUAUGGCAAAAGGUGGCGAGCGAUGAUGAGUACAGAAUCUUCAACGAAUCAUGUAUAUUGUAUGGUGAGGCAAUGAGCUGUCGGUAACUCAGUGGAGAGGAUUAAUGGUCGAGUAGAUAAAUCAUGGCGUACGUAGAUAUUAGGAGACAAGAUGAGUGUUGUACACUGAUGUGCAGCGUUGACGCGUUUUACAGGUCGCCUCACGACACUAAGGUGGUCGUGGAUGAGCAUGAACUGGCGGUUGACGGCUUGUUUUGUAUGUUGACUUGUGUAUGCCACUCGCAGCUUUAUCGCAACAUUGACGCGAUUUCGUCUAACUCUAAGCGGACAGGAUUCCUUUCUCCUUGGCGCGGCUCGCUGCAUGACUACCGAGCUUUGAUUCGUGUCCCCACGGCGUCAUGGGCAUGGGCGGAGGUGGAUCCUCACGGGAGAUGGCUGCAGUGCCGGCCCCUGUGUUAGCCAGUGGCGACAGGGAGCUCCCGCUGUCAGUCCGAAACUCUGCUUGCGAGUUGUGACAGUCUCCAAGCCCCUCUCACUCAGACAAUCGACUGGCGAGCGCGGCUUUGUACAUGCGUUAAAAUAUAUGAGGCGUCGCCGUUUA